AUGGUCAGCGCUUCCGAGUUCUUGAGCGAAGGCUUCUGUCGGCUUGAAUCCGCCGCACACCCAGGCGCGGCUGGUCCUGCGAACGUGGGUGGGUGCAAUGAAAGCGCUGGUCAGCAGCAGCUGCUGUCAGACGCGUCGGGAGCGACACUGGUCUGGAGCCGCAACUGGGCUUCCAGAGUGUGUCGAUGCCCGCUUUCACCCGCCCCUCCGCACUCUCAAAUUAAGGGUGGCAGGCGGCUGAACCGCUACAGUAGCCGGCCUGAGCAGACACUGCAAAAUACGCCGCCUCCGCUCGCUUCAAGUCCGCUCAUCGGCCUUUAUGCGGACAUCCUCCCUCCCUCCAUCACCACUGGAUACCGAUACGAGUCCAACGAGAUCAUCGCGAUUGACGCGAUACGUCCCAUCUCCCUCUCUCCAUCUCGGGCACCCAAUCCAGGCGUGUUCGACGAUAGCCCCCCUCUGCUCACCCCAUCUCCAUCUGGGCCGACUUGCGCGAUCCACGCAGCUAACCUGCCGAGCAUAGGCCUACGCAUCCUGGCCAAUCCGUGGCGACCUCUCGGCCACUGCCCUCGCUUGCCUCACGUGUCGCAGCUUUGGACCGAAGUUCGGUUCAGAUACUUCCCUCGCUGCGACACGUCGGGUCAAACGCAGGGUACCCCAAGAACGCCUUGCAAUUGGCCAGGCACGCUUGCCGCGAACCUCCACCUGUACAUCGUCCAUGCUGUUAUGGGCAUGGUCCUUUCCGACACUAGUCCUGGCUGGAAUUCAACAGCGCUUGCUGACUCUAUCUGCUCUCGUCUUGGCUUGCGUCCAUACUUCGUCUUCGCUCGCUUGGCUGCUCCUUUCUUCGCUCGCGUCUCAUUUCCGCUGAUCUUUGCCGACCCUUGA